CGAGGUGGAGUGUACUCAUUAGCCAUCAUGGCGGACAACGUGAAGAUUAUCGGAGACGAUGAUGAAGUCUUCACGGGUAUCCGACCUCCGCUUCAUCGUCGACACACACUCGGCGGAAAUUCGUCUCUCGCGUCGGACUUGGCGCAUACUCCCGUAGUCUGGAGACCGGUGAUGCCCAUGGGUCGACGUUCAACGUUAGCGUCGCGUUCGGAGACGGAUGAAGUUGGUGAACUGCGCUCUACUAUCGACGGAUCUAUGCGGACCGUACGGUCUAUUAGUGACGCUACAAGUACCAACCGCCGUCCCGAUAAAACCACCUUCGCGCUACACGACGUCGACGCCUUUAGUGUUCAGCGAGCCAAGGUGAUUCGUCGUAUCAGCGAGGAACGGUACGUGCGUUUCCGUAACUUUUUCAAGAGCUACGAACCGGGAAUGGCCAUGGAAAUUCAAGCCCGAAGCGCCUUCUCCCGUGAACAGUUGGACGCGUGGGUCAACUACAUUGUGAGUCCCAAGGUGCUGCGUUGUAUCGGGAAUAGUAAAGACACCCAGCAGGAGGUACUGGACCUGCUCAUGGUGUCUGCAGCGAUAUCAAAGUACGGAGAGAGUAAAUUGAUGGCCAAGGACAGGAGAGGUGACCUCAGUGGUCUGCAGAAUAUAAAACUUGACACUUACGAUGAGUACUCGUCCAGUCAAAUGACACAGACUAACCGCAUGGAACCGGUUGCCAUGGAGUUCGUGGUUCGAAUUAACGAGCGAUUGGCAGAGGAAAGGCGCGUGGGGGGCGUCGUGCUUCGUGAGAUUCUGACCCACGUUGGCAUGAUGGAGAUCGAAAAUCUAGAAGAUGACUCUGAUUUAAGCAGAGAGGAAGAGCGGUUUAAGCAAAUCGGACGGCGGGUACAGUCAGACUGGUUCCAGGACGCCAUUUUGAAGGCAAACGGUCGGUAUCUGUACGACGCGAUCCGUCAGAUACUUAGCAACGUGGAAAAUUCACUGUGGGAUGCGUCGAAGGACAAGCCAGAGUUGAGAAGAAUACGGAACGAUAAAGUGAGCUGUGACGUUAAGCAGGUUGAGCGAAAGUCCUUUAGAAGACGACCAAGUAUGCCUCCACCUCCCCCGCCGCAAGGAGCACCGACAGGGCUGCCCUCGUCGUUGAUUUCUUCGCCGAUCAACGCUUCAGUCAAAGUGGGGUUCACCAUCUAUGACCGAUCCUCAUCAGCUCCAUCGGAAGAGAAACACGAGCUAAUCGUUGGGACGGACAAGACACGACGAAGGCUGCUGCCUCUCGGAACAAUGCGACGUCCUCGUGGUCUUCCGCCCAAGUUGCCUCAACGUAAAGAGAGCGACCCGAUCGUCCACGCGCCUUGUGCGUUUGUAGUCCAAGCUCACGAAGGACAAUGA